GUGCCCUCGUCUGCCGUGCCCCGCAGGUCGCAGCCGCCCACCUGAAGGGUAGCGUAGCUACCGUAAUACGGAGACAGUAUGCCAAACCCUCAAACCAGCAACCGGAUGAGGUCUCCAUUGAAGACAUAAUGAGACGAUACCAGCAAGGUCUCAUCAAGGGAGAGCCCCUCAUAGCCGACGAAGAGAUCGCCGACAUGCGCAAGGCUAAUGAGGAGUUCUCUGCCCACAUCGAGGGCACUGUGGACAAGCUUUUGCGAGGCGGACUCGUCCGUACCUCGACCCGUCGACCUCAAGGGUCCUCAACGAAUGGGCAACAACGAGCUUGAAUUGUUCGGCCGGACAGAUUUUGCCGCACCCGAGACCACCACCCGUGCGCCCGGCGCUCCCUACACUCCCUCCUCCUCCCUCCCUGUCGAGUUCCAAGAUCCAUCUCGCCUCCCCGUCCGCGUAACUCGCCACUUCUGGCGCAGUCCCUUCACCGAGCUCGAAUACGCCGCGGCGCAUGUCCCUGGUCGCUCCGUACAGCAGCCCUUCUUCCAUCCUCGGCCGUACCGCGUCCCAGUCGCGUCCAUCCAGUUCGCCGGCCACAACCCUGAAUCGCUCGAGCUCUUCACCCACUUCGCCACGCACGCAGCGUACAGCCUGGGCAUUCCGUGCUCACGUCCCGCGCGCCUCCCGACGCAGCGAAGCAUGUGGACGGUGAUCAAGAGUCCAUUCGUGCACAAGAAGAGUCAGGAGAACUUCGAGCGGAAGACGCACAAGCGGGUGAUCAAGGCAUGGGAUGCGGAUGGCGAGGUUGUGAGACGUUGGGCGGCGUACCUCCGGAAGCACGCUAUGGGUGGUGUCGGCAUGCGCGUCACUAUGUGGGACAGGCUACCUCUACACCCGGAGGGCUCGACAAAGAGUGUUGCGGAGCAGUCUCUGGAGGCGCUGGAAAGGAGCAAGCAGCAAACAUCCAAGGAGCAAAUUCGCGCGCUCGGCGAGGAGAUCCUGCGGGAGGAGUUGAAGAGCGGUGCUCACGUCAACUCAAAGUUGGUUUGAAUUAUCAUACUACGGCUGGCGGCAUGUUCCUUGCGGUAUCGCACUAUGGCAUUCAGACGCACCCCACUUCAUUGCCUGACUGUUGUCUGACGAAA